AUGUCAAACUCGCUCCCUUCCUUUGUAGAAUUGAUGGCCUCGCUGGGCUUGGAACAGAAACAGUCUGUCGACAAUGACUCAACACCCUCCCCUCCUCUCUCUCCAAAACUAGACUCGGACCGCACGCCCUCUUCGCCCGUCAAGGCAAAGUCUAGUCCUUCUCUCAGGGAUAUGGCUUCUCGUCAGAAGACCACCCGCUACUCUCCUUAUUCCCCAACCCAGCCUACAAGACGUCGAGGAAGCUUAUCCUCAGUGUCCUCGGCUUCGUCAGGGGAUCUUUCACCGACGCGCGAGACGUUCAUCGCUCGUCCGCGAUCUCCACGCUCCCGUCGCCACCGCAAUCCUCUUGGUCUGCACCUCUAUGGCGGCUCUGAAAGCGAUCUGCAGGCCAACAUGCCCAUUUCAACCUACGUCCGUCGCAAGACCCCCGCGACUACCCCGACAUCUCCCAGCUUCCCCCGCGACUCUGGCAGCGAUCCCGCUUCCGACAUACCUAUGCCACUCACGAUACCUGUCCUUCCCAGCGCCCUCCUCCCCAACUCUGCAAAUUCCGAGUCAUUCCCUUUGACGCCAAACGAUUCAGAUACUUCCUUCACUGAACUCGUCUCAUCACAGCCAAGGGAGAUCAAACCAUACGUCUGGGACUUCCCUUCGGAGUCAAGGCACUCGGUCUCCUUGCCUUACUUCACUGGGGUUCGAAUCUCGAACGCCUCUCGCUGCUCACUAAACGAGCAGCACCUCCGCCGGGCAGCAAUUGCCUAA